UCUAACUUUUGUACCAAACACAAAAAGUUAAAUAGGAAAAUCACUAAUUUACCGAAAAAAUACUUUCUUGAAAAAUAUUUUUCUUUCCGUCAAUACCAAACACACCCUUAAUUAAAGACCCAUUUGCAAAAAAGAAAAAUAAGGGAAAGAAAAAAAAGAAAGAGAAUCAUUUGCAUCAAAACCCUUUAACUUUAUACCAUAAACCCUACACUCCACAACCAUUUUCUCAUUACUUCCUUUCUUCACUAUACCAAAAUGGCAUCUUUAACCAGAUCAAUAAAAACCAUGUCCAAUGACUUAUACAAAGAACGCAACCUCAAAAAACUCGUUUCUAAAUUCAAACAAUACUCAGAUAUCACCCGUUUUCGCACGAAAACCGGCAUUUACGAAUCCACAGUUCAUCGAUUAGCUUCCGCUAAACGCUUCAAAUGGAUCGAAGAAAUCCUCGAACACCAAAAACAAUAUCGACCCGAUAUAACGAAAGAGAAUUUCAAUGUAAGGUUAGUUAGUUUGUAUGGGAAAUGUGGGCUUUUUGAGAAUGCACAGAAGGUGUUUGAUGAAAUGCCUGAGAGAAGUUUGAAAUCCGUUAACGCGAUUUUAAGUGCUUGUGUGAAUUCAAACAAGUAUGAUAAGCUUGAAUCUUUGUUUCAUGAAUUGCCCGAAAAGUUGAAAGUGAAACCUGAUGUUGUUACGUAUAAUAUAAUGAUUAAAGGGUUGUGUGAAAAAGGAGAGUUGGAUAAAGUUGUUGUACUGGUUGAUGAGAUUGAGAAAAAUGGGUUAAACCCGGAUUUGGUUACGUUUAAUACGAUUCUUGGUGCGGUUUACGCGAAUGGUAAGUUUGAUGAUGGCGAAAAGAUGUGGAAUUUAAUGGUUAAGAAGAACGUUAAGCCGGAUAUUAGGAGUUAUAAUGCGAAGUUGGUUGGAUUGGUGAAUGAGAAUAAAGUAUCGGAGGCGGUGAAAGUUGUUGAUGAAUUGGGAAGUUUUGAGUUGAAGCCGGAUGUGUUUACUUAUGGUGCUUUGAUUAGAGGAUAUUGUAAAAAGGGUGAUUUGGAGGAGGCUAAAAAGUGGUACGGAGAGCUCGUGAAGAGCGGUUCUGCUCCGGAUAAGGUGAUAUUUGGAAGUGUUAUUUCGUCUGCUUGCGAAAAGGGUGAUUUUGAUUGGGCGUUUGAGUUGUGCAAAGAGGUUUUUAAAAGGAAGUGUAAUGUUGAUGUGAAGUUGUUGCAAGGAGUGGUGGAUGGGUUGGUGAAAUCAUCAAGGGUUCGAGAAGCUAAGGAGGUUGUGCAUUUGGGCAAGUCGAAUGAUUACCAUCUUUAUAAGCUCAAUUUGCCUUUAGAUGAGUAAGGGACGAGGUGGUUGCUUAGCGUUUUAGAUGCUGAAUUUGGAACACAUGAAGUUGGGUAUCUUUUCUUCAAGAAAUUUGCAAGCUCUGGAACACUGGUAUUGACUGUAGAGCAAAUGUAUCUUCCAAAAGCUGAUUCUUUCUCAGCAACAAAAAUAUGGGCACGACAAACAUCCUCUAC